GCACAGUUCCCCUCCCGCCAAAUUCAACCCGUCACCCCAGACCAGGGAGGAUAAGACAAUUAUAUUAUGUUCUCUGAAAGUUUAUGUCUAUAAUAUAAAAACGUAAAUAUGGCACUGUAAUUAAAUUACAAAAUUAUAUUUUAGGGAUUUUAAUUCUACGACAAAGGUGAGUCUUGUCUGAUCCACCGCACCAGAGAACGUUUCUCAGAUUGAACAUACUGUGGAUGCAAUGUGGAAUGACAUAGAGCUUUCGACAAAUGACGAUACCGUCACUGGUCGUCUUUGUAUCGAUUCAAGACAUGAGUGCGGCACCGCCCUCUAUCAAGUAGAUACUUUAGUUAAAGUAUCUUCCUCUGAUAAGGUCCUGUCAAAUCCUAACCUCUACGCCUCUAGCAGCUCCAAUGGCUGUGUUGUUGUUGCUGAUAAAUCUGUCAUACUUCUUGAUCAGAACUGCCAGUCUGUCCUGCUGCAGCUUCAAUUUGAAACCCAAGUGGACGGAGUCGGUUUGUGUCAGGAGGGGAGGUUUCUAGUGGUUGCAGAGAGGAAUGGAAACCUUCAUCUUCAUCAUGUGCCAUCAAAGAAAACUGUCUUGACUAAUGCUUUGGUGCAGAAGCCUUACAAUGAAAACCAGAAGACGUACAGAAACCUGAUCAUUCAGGAAGAUGAUCCAGGAACUUAUCACAUGUUUGUCCUUACUUCUGAUGGUUUCUUUCACAUUUCAAACCUUCAGCUGGCAAAAAUACAACAGGCAAUUGAAAAAAUGGACUUUGGUGCUCUGAAAGAGCUUCAGAUGCCAAUCAAGACGGCAUUCUUUUCCACUGACGAGAGCCACACUCUUGGGUGUCACCAUGCUGAGAUGGGUGACCUAAAAAAUAACAUCCAGCUUAUAAUUGGGGGUAGUGGAGACUGUGUGCUGUCAAAGUGGAACAUGGAUCCAGUUCAGAAAACCAUAUCUAUACAGAAUCUUGUGGAUUCAAGUUUACUGACAGGCGUGAGAAAAUGCCAGAUUCUGGAUAAUUUGAUAUUUGUUUUGGAUGAUGAAAAUAUUCUGAGCAUGUGGGAUGCCUACACCCUCAUACUGGUUUGGUACUGGCCCUCUGUUUGUAUUCAGGACUUUCUGCUGACUACUGAAGGAGAGUCUGCUUCUGUUGCCAUGCAAGGAAGUGCCAAUUUAAAGCUCAUUGCCCUGACAACGCAAGACAACAAACAGGAGAAUACUAUAAGAAACCUGAUGGUGUAUUCUCUUCCCACAAUGAACCUGCUGUAUUCUUUGGAAGUGUCUGAUGUUUCCGCGCUGGUUCAAACUGGAGUCAGCAUGGACACAAUAUAUUUACUGGAAGGAAUUUAUGAAAACCAGCAAAGGUCACUGGAUGCCACAGUGUCUGCUUUAGUGCUGAGAUGUUUAACAGAAGCCCUGCCAGAAAACAGGCUCAGUCGUCUUCUUUACAAGCAUAAAUUUGAAGAAGCAGAAAGGUUUGCAAUCCAGUUUGGACUUGACGUUGAGCUUGUGUACAAAGUGAAGUUGAACUUUGUGUUGGAGAGACUUGCAUCAGCCUCCAUUGGGGGCUAUGGACAAACUGUAUGGGUGGAACUUGUUAACGAAGCUAAGGAGAAUUUGCAUAAAAUACCGGAUGACCAGUUUAUAGUGCAGUAUUGCAUAAAAGCACCAUGGCCAACAUUUGAAACGGCACAGGAGAUGUUAAAUUAUGCAAAAUCCAGAAUUUUGAAGAAAGAUGACCGGAAGAAUGCUGCCUUUCUUGAGGACCUGCCUAUUUUACUGACUGAGAUUUUGGGUGCCCUUGCAAAGCUUUCGACUUUUUAUGGUGCCUUCGGACCUGAGAAAUUUAGUGGGAUCUCCUGGAUUGAGUUCUUAAACAACAAAGACGUCUUAAGCGACAUCUUCUGGCACCUGGAGGAGAGAAACCUGAAGUGUGCUCAGUACCUGUGGCUCAGACACCAACCAGAGUUUGAAAGCCAGUUUGAUGUGGAAGCGCUGGAAAAGCUGCUGAACAUCAUCCCAGCAGAUAUCCCUUCACGUGAACUCUGUCUCUGGUUUAAAAGUGUCAUCAUCCCAUUUGUUAGAAGAAUUGUGCCAAAGGGACAGAAAGUACUUGCAAGGUGGUUGGAACACAGGGUGAGAAGUCUUGAGUUGACAGAAAAGUUGAACUGGCCCGAAAAUGGACUGGAAAUGGCCGAACUGUAUUUUGUAUCAAGAAAUCCAAACGAGUUAGGACUUUCAUCUUCCUGGCUUUGGAUUCCUUUGAAGGAGGAUGGAGACUGUGAAGAAGUGCACCAGUUAAAAACUCUUGUGGGGAGCUUGCAGCAGCUUUUAGACCUGUACAAAAAAUACAAAUGCAUACUGCCGCUUUCAGAGUUCGAAAAGGAAAAUAAAACUACUAUUGCGUUCCGCAUGUUGGAUAAAGUUUUGGCCCCGGAACUCAUUCCUCCCACUCUGGAGAAAGUUAUAAAACCAUAUAUUCAAGAGCAUAAUCUGCAGUUGGAGGAACUGCUCUUGCAAUAUAUUAAGGAUUUACUGGAGCGAUGCAGUUCUCAGUCUGCUUCCCUGUUUGAAACUGAAUGGGAGGCCAAAGCUAUGGCUGUACUGGGAUGCAUGUCUGACACUGAUCUGGUCUUUGAUGCUGUGCUGCAGAUCAUGUACGGAGCUGUUGUACCUUGGAGUGAAGCAGUUGAACAACUUGUCAAACAACAUUUGGAAAUGGAUCAUCCCAAGGUAAAGCUUCUGCAGGAAAGUUACAGACUCAUGGAGAUGAAGAAGCUUCUUAGAGGAUAUGGAAUACGAAGUUUUAACUUGUCCGAUGACAAGCAGAUUAUGAAGUUGGUGAAAUACAUCCUGAAGCAGGAUUUGCCUUCAUCCCUGGAGGAUGCCUUAAAGGUGGCUCAAGCUUACAUGUUGCCCACCGUUGAAGUCUGCAUUCUCAGGAUUGUCUAUCUCAUUGGACAAGACAAGGUAGAUGAGUGUUUAAAGCUUCUCAAGACACUGCCAUCUGACGAGGCUGAGAGCACAGCGGAGAGGCUGGCUAUAUGGGCUCGUCUGGAACUGCAUGACCAGAGAGACACCUCUGAGGAGCAUAAAAAGCAUCAAAUGGCUGUUGCUCGGACAAUGGUUGAAAUUCUGAAAUUCCUGCAAGACAUCCAGAAAGACAGUACUUUAAAAAGAAUGCAGUGUGAAAAUAACUUGAACAUGUUUGAAGCUAUUGCUAAUUUACAGGAAGAUUUUGAUAUCUUCCUAUCUUUGGAAGACUACGAGAACCGUACUUUGCUGUCGCAACUUCGUGAAAAACACAUUGAAACCUAUGAGAACACGCUAUCCAGGUCAAAGACUGAAAAAACCUCUGUGGUUGCCAAAGGACAAGAUGGAAAAACGAAGACAAUUUCCACGGAGUCCGGGCUGUACAGGCUAGCUCUGCUUCUGCAGCUCACAGAACAGGAGCUGGGGGCGGAGCUGGCAAUGAGGGCACUGGCCGUUGGCAAAGUGGAAAAGGCCCUAAAGAUAUUCAGCGAAUUGUAUCAGCAUCACUGUAACACACAAACUGGACAAGUUCUUUUAAAUGCUGCGCAGAAGCUUUGUCAGAUGUUGGAGACAAAUACUCCCAUGAUAAUUCCAGAUGGAAUGAACCUGCCUGCUGUAAUUCAUGAGUUAGCCUGUCAGGCAGCCACUAUCUGCAGUACAGAUCUUUUACUGGAUUGCCAGGAACUGUGCAAAAACACAGUCGUGGCAAUGGAUGUUUACAGGCAGUGUCAAAUAGACGACUAUGGAUUUAUUGCAAAAACAUCCUCUUUGGGAGCUGACCGUGACCCUUAUGAUGAAUGGACGUUUGAGGACUUCUUUAAUGAGGACGGGAUAGUUCUUGAUCCAGUGAUGGUUCUGCCUGUUCUAUAUGAAAUAACUACCAAUGUUGUACCUUAUACUGCAGGUAAAAAGCAUUAUCCUUUAGAUUGCUCCUGCUUAACAAACUGUCCAUAUGUGGAAGAGGUGAACUUCCUCAAGCCGAUGAGGUCGCCCAUGAAUUCCAUGCUUCAGAACCUGCAGGAGUGCAGUCAGCUGGAGCUGGUCUUGAGGCUCGUGGUGAACUCUUUCGGGACCUGUCUGCAGCAUGUGAUUUCCAACAAUAUGGAUAUGGCACUUAGUGCCAAGCUCUAUGACCGCCGUAACCUGGUGGAAGACAGAGACUUCAUUGUUGCCAUGGGAGAGAAAACUGUUUCAGUUAUUAAAGAUGUGUCACUGGCCCUACUGCAUAAGGUGUUCAACUGUCGAGUUAUUGACUGUGAUCUUGCAUUGGGUUACUGCACGCUCUUACCAAAGAAAGAUGUCUUUGAAAAACUCUGGCAUGUCAUCAACAAUACAUGGCAAAAUUAUAACAAAGUUUUGGCUGUAGCUGUAGUAGGCGCUCAUCUGUCUGAUUUAUAUAAGGACGAGGAGCAUAGACAGACAUUCCAGUCUUUAAUUGCUGAUGCUGAAUGGGGUAUUCACCUGGGAAAACUGGGUAUUUCUUUCCAGUCUGUAUUUCGACAGUGCCCUGCAAGGAAAAAAGAUCUGAUCUCUACUCUUGUAAAGAACCCAAAUGUGAACUCAGAACUAAUCUUGAAAUACUGCCGCACAUUUGAUCUGGACAGCGAUUCAGCCUUACAUCUCUACAUAGAGACUCUUCUGCUCCAUGGCACAAACAUUCUUCACAAUGAAGACGAUCCUAUGUUGGAAAAAAACACCAAACUGUCUCACAGUGAAUAUGUGGCUAAAGCUCUUGAAAUUAUUCCUUUGUUAAACCGCACCAGUAACCUGGUCAUCAGUCUCAGUGCAACCAUACACAAGCUUAGCCCUUACGAUUAUGAGACGAUCCAUGGUGUCCUUAAGGUCAUACAGACCGCUGAUGAAAAGACCACAAGCAUACAGAUAGAACAGGCUAUAGGACUGUUGCAGCACCUGAAUUCCUACAGGCGAAUCUCCCCUCCCGUGGAUUUGGAGCACCACUACAUCUUGGAGAAAUCUCUUGAAGUUUCAGCUUACGCCCAGAGCAGACUGCCGUUCCAUCUGAUCUUCUUUCAAACAACUCAGUGCUUCUGGAAGAUUAUAUCUGUUGAACUUUGUGAAGAGUCUUUUCCCACGCUGCUUCUCAUAUCUAAACUGAUGAAGGUUUGCAUAGAUAAGCUUUAUAUGUCGGCAGUGAAUCAUGUAUUUGAAAAAAGCCUGAAGCCUAACUCACUAAAACAGUCGAAAGAGGGACACACUUUCUUGAUGACCAAAGAAACUGUAAAAACUGUGCAGACGAUCAAGGGCUACCUUCUCUCAAUUACCAAUCCGGAAUGGGCUGCAGCUACAUCUCACAGAAUUGCUCAGGCGCUUCCGACAGGUCCGGACAAGACGAGUGCAUUGAAAUUCUGCUUGCACCUCGCAGAAAGAUGGUUGAAGGCUACUGGUGCUGAGGAUAAGACUCAUGCAAAAGCCGAGGUGUUUUUGGAGAAAUUAAAAGUGCAGUACCAGCGAUCAGCCACAGAAAACAUAUUGAUUGCAUUCAACUUGAGCACUCCUGAGUACUUAAAGUUAACUGGGUUUCCUGCUAAGCUUAUUGUUUCCUUGUAUGAGCAUAACUCCAUUGAACAAAGAAUACAAAACCCAACUGGAAAGGAUUACCCUGAUAUACAUGCUGCAGCCAAAGAAAUUGCAGAAAUAAACAACAUCGACAUCUCGAAGAUCAGGGAUGUUUUGCUGGAGAAAUGGCUUUGCCGGAACUGCCAGCCGUCCACUGAUGAAGAUAAAACCUUUGAGUUUCUUACUGACAUGCAAGAAGACCCAGAACUAAUGAGAGUUAUAUACCUGCUUCAGCCAUACACUAUGGAGCACAGUGCAAGAAUGCUCUAUACAAUUGCUACUGCUGAAACAUCACCUAUUAGCACAUCUGGUGCUCGGUUAACAUUUGCACAUAGAAGCCGUGCACUGCUGUGUCUAAUCCAAGUGGCUGAAGAGGAAACUGUGGUUUCGCUCAUCAAGAUGCCUAUUGAGAAAGUCAAGUAUUACCUGAAGUGCUGCAUUUAUCUUGCUGAAUUUGAACUCUUGAAUAUACCCUACACUGUGGAGUCGUUUCACAACAGUCCAAAGGAGGGCAUGAUCAAGGGUCUGUGGAAGAAUCAUAGCCAUGAGCCCAGGGCUGUAAGAUUGGUGACAGAGCUCAGUUUAGAAUAUCAAGUGUAUGACCCACAGCUCUGGAAUGGUGUGCUACAAAAACUGCUUAGCUUCAGCAUGAUCAGUUACAUGAGGAAGGUUUUGGUGGCAAUAACUGCUGUGCACUCCUUGUGGCAGAUCCCUAAUUUCAUCAGAGCUUGGAGAAAUGUCAUUCUUGCCCCUUUUCUUUCUGCCUCUUAUCCACCCAGCCCAAAACAACUGGAAACGUGCUACGAGACAUUUGUUCUUCUUCUUAAGUGUCCAGUCCUAGCAGAUCUGGAUAUGAUUGGGAUUGCUAAGCAGUUCGCUCAGCUGGAUCUGCCAGCCUUCACACUGGGGUCACUUUUGCUGAUCCCACAAUCGGAGAAAAAAGAACAGCAAAUUCAAGGAUUUCUUUCCACGAGUAAUCUAGUAACUGUACUUCAGCAAGUUGAGACACAUAUGAGCACAGGAGAAGUUGCCGGGUUUUCAGCACAGAUUAAAGAGUUGGUCUUGGAUUUUAUUAACAGCAAUAAACUGUAUGAGAAGCUAAUCAAGACCAAACUCCUCCCUCUGCUGAGACAGCAUGUGAUUAAAUCCAACCAGGUGAAGGGCCUUGUGGACUACCUUGUAAACAAGAGCUGCCUUGAUGAUGCAGCUUCUCUUGUAUCUGAAUAUCUGAGACACAAGGGGAAACCUCUUCCUGCAAACAUUUCCACUCCAGACAUUUUAAAGGAAUUUGCUGGUGAUGAAAAGAGACUGUUGGAUUGCCUUACAUAAACAGAAUCCCUGCUUUGUAUUUUAUCUUCCCAUGGCAAGAUAUGCAACACUUUUAUUUUAAUCAUACUGUAUAUGUAUGUGUUGGAAAACCAAUAUUCAUGCAUGCAAACUGCCCAGUGUAAUUUGAAUGCUUCACACGUAGUUUACUGUAGCAAUGCAUACCUGGUAAAUAAUUAAAAUAAAGAUGUGAAUAAUCAA